AUGCUUCGUCGCAGCAGCAUUACUUUAUUCCGCCGCACACCCAUUCGUCGCAGUGGUGGUGAACUCUUCGUUCGCCCCACACUUGCAGAGAUCCCACCAGCAGACGAAUGUAAAGGUUUCUUUGGUCAUCUUAACGGGGCUCUGCGGUAUCUGCGGCUUGUGGAUAUUAAAUGGAUGAUGAACCGCGCGGUUGCCAUGCGGCGUGAGUAUCUCAUCGCCACCCCGACCCUCUACGCAUUUCUGUGGAUGUUCUCAUGGGAGGGAGCGACGAUGUACUUCUGGGGAGAUCGCGCCCCACCACGGCAGAUGGAUUGGAAUUCGGAGCAGACGGGUUAUCUCCCAAAGGACUUUAAGCCAACAGUUGUCACAAAGGCCUUUUAA